AUGGCUUCGAACACACUUGCUGAUGGUGGAGAUGAUGCACCUAAUUACCAAUUACGUGGUGUGGAACAAGUCUCUCCAAACACUGGAACAAAGAGAUAUAUUCUAAAUUCACCCUCUUCAUUGACGCCAGCAGAGGGCAUGUUAUUCGACACAGUUGAUGACGCGUAUAACUUUUAUAAAACUGACGCAGAAGCGGGAGAGGCGCACAACCAUGAUUUUGUGCAUGAAGAAGAUUUACAUCUUCUCAAGGAAAACAGGGGUAUUAAUCCUGCACACGAAGAGAUGAUAAACAAGAUGUCGCAUCUCAACAUUGGUCUUGUUCGUGCAUUUAACAUUAUGAAGGAAGUGUAUAACAUGAUGUUUGUCCCUUUCACUGGGAUUGAUAAUCAUAAUAGGAAUGUGACACUUGGUGCUGCAAUUCUCGGUUCUGAAACGGCAGAGACGUAUAGCUGGUUACUUAGGGCUAUCAAGAACGCAUAUGGGUACGCGCCUCCCGUAAUCGUUACUGACCAAGACCCUGCGAUGAAAAGGGCUAUAGCGGAUGUUUGGCCUGAGUCGAGGCAUCGGUUAUGUAUGUGGCAUAUCAUGGAUAAACUCACUACAAAGGUCGGGGCUGCCCUGUGUUCAAAUACAGAUUUCAGGAAAAGAUUGUCUGCAGCUGUUUGGACUGAUUCUCUAUUGCCCGAAACGUUUGAGGCUGAAUGGUCAGGUAUUUUAAAUGAUUUCGGUUUAACCGACCAUGAAUGGUUGACGUAUAUAUACAGGCUACGUGAAUCAUGGAUUCCAGCUUACUAUCGCGAAGAAGAAAUGUCUGGUCUUAUGCGGACAUCAUCUAGCUACUUCGACACGGCUAUUGAAGCGCAAAGGAACGAGCAUCGAAAAAACGAUCAUGACACUCGAUACACCAACCUUGGAGAGCGAAGUGAUUUUGUUCUCGAGAAGCAAGCAGCUCAGAUAUAUACCAGAACUAUAUUUUUGGAUGUUCAACUCGAGAUUCAACAUGCUAUUCAUCGUUGUACUGGUGUUAUGAUACGCGAGGAGGAUGUUACUGUUAAGUGUAUCUGCAACAGGUUUGAGCAGUUUGGAUUGUUGUGCAGUCACAUUUUUUGCGUGUUACGGAUUCUUGAUGUAAGGAAAUUUCCGAAACAAUAUAUAUUGAGGCGUUGGACGCGUGAAGCUGUUCCAAAUACUUCCCCCGGGUCCAUUCUUACGGAUGGUGGAGAUCCAGAUCAUAGUGAGGAGGUUAACCGUUGUGUUCGUGAGAUUAGUCACGCAACUGAGUAUGUUGUGAACAAGUUGAUUUCAAAAUUUGAUAAGUUGUCUGAUUUUCGUGAUCAUAUCAAGGAGUUUAUGUCAGUCGCUGAUGAAGCUCAAAUAAAUGCACCUCCCAAGACACGACGUAAUCGAUUUGCUGAACUGCUAGGAGUUGCUCCAGAGAGCACGGCCACUAUCCGUGUUCCAGUUGGUACCAGGUUCAAGGGUUGUGGUUCUCAUAAACGCCUUAAAUCUCAAAAGGAGCGAGCCAUAAGUCAGUCUGGAAGUAAACCUCGUCAAUGUUCAUUACGUAAAAAAUACGGUCAUAACAGAGUAACGUGUUGGAAAUACACCGUGGCUGUGCCUGAGGCAGGUGCUUCGCGGAAUGCUGAAGGUAAUGAAGAUAUAAUUCGCGAAGGAGAUGCUGCUACAGUUGUUGAAGGUGAUGGUCCUGGAUCGAACGAUGCUGAUGAUGUGUUUUACACAUCUGGAAACGAUGCAGAUAUGGAUGAUGAGAACAUGGCAGAGUAG